AUGGUCCAACUCGAAAUACUAAAACAACUGGAGCUCCAAGAAGUAUUCUUGUUAAGUCUAUGCUCAGAAAAGAUGAAAAGAGCCGUUCAAUGUCUCAACAUGAAGCCCGCGAACUUGAUGUAUUUCUUUCUGGAAAAUAGAGUUGAAGUAUUUGCUGGAUAUGACAACAAUCCGAUUGAUCAUCAUGUUGCCAACUUGAAGUUUGUUCCUGACCCUAAUGAUGAGAUGAAACCGAUGAAGUUAGGAGGGAACACAAUUAGUUGCAGAUGCGUAAAAGAAGCUCCUGAAAAUGAGUUUUCUCACGCAUUACACACUCUUGGAGUAGACAUAAUUAUAGUGUUGGAAUCUCUACAACGUCAUAUGAAAGACCUGUUUCGAUUCAAGCCUCGUGUUCAACUGGAGUUAGCCUCCCUUCAUUUUAUAAACAUGUAUCGCCUCAUCGAUGACGUCGCAGAUACUUCUUUUGAUGUAGACGAAUUGGAUACCGAAGAACUCGAGAACCAUCUAACUAUUUAUCCAGUCCAGGAUAGUGUUCAUCUGAAGGCGAAGCUUACUGGACCACUGUUGACAAGUGAUUCAAAAUUGUGUUCAAUCAAAGGGUUAGGAUUUCAACGAACACGCGAUGAUGGUGUAAUUGAUCCUUUUAUUUUGAAUGAGACUCAUCAAAACCCACGCCUACACUUUUCGGAAGUUAUUAAUAAUUUCGGCGGAGAAUAUCUGGUCUUAGUCGGUAUUGUCUAUAAUAUCAAUGAUUGGGCGCAAUUAAUCCGGAGAUGGAAAAGCAAGCAGGCCUACCAGAAUUUGAAAUUUAUUGCCACAACGGUACCCACAGGAGUCUCUAUCAUGUUUGAGCAUGCUAUGCAACAAUUUGAUUUCGUAGAGUGGGAUGGGCAGCGAAGACCGCGGACUGUCACGUUGGAUCCAAAAAUCAUCAAUCUCCUAUCAAACGCUUUUGAAAAUAUUGACUGCUCCAAGUGGAUGGACAUCCAGCAGGACGGGGACGGCAAAUGGGCUUCAAUUAUGUUGUCGGAGACUUCUAUCCGGUUUCUAGUCUGGGAUUGA